CAAUUGCCUCUGCGCAAGCUCCCCGGAGGAGGAAGGACUGCGUUUCCUAGCGUGCCCUGCGGCCUGCCUGCGCUCCGGCCAAGCGCUCCUCGCUGCGCGGGGCCUGCUGGGAAACGGAGUCUGUGGCCCUGGGCAGGAGGAGGAGCUGUUUCUGCGGCAGAAGAGCCGGGGGGCCCUUCCUGCGAUGCCCAGGCCAUGGCGACCAGCAGCAGCAGCGGCGGCGAUAGCGCCGGCGCGGCAAGCUGCAGCCUGGGCCUCUCGGGCGCCGGCGAGGCGGAGCGGCAACACCCGCGGCCUUUCCUGAUAGGGGUGAGCGGAGGCACCGCCAGCGGCAAGUCAACGGUUUGCGAGAAAAUCAUGGAGCUGCUGGGGCAGAACGAAGUGGACCAUCGUCAGCGGAAAGUUGUCAUCCUCAGCCAAGAUCGGUUCUACAAGGUGCUGACGGCAGAGCAGAAGGCAAAAGCCCUGAAAGGACAGUACAACUUUGAUCACCCAGAUGCUUUUGACAACGAGUUAAUGCAAACGACCCUUAAGAAUAUCGUGGACGGCCAAACCGUUGAGGUUCCAUCCUAUGAUUUUGUGACCCAUUCCAGGCUCCCUGAGACAACAGUGGUCUACCCUGCAGAUGUUGUCCUUUUUGAGGGGAUUUUGGUGUUCUACACUCAAGACAUCCGGGACAUGUUUCAUCUCCGUCUUUUUGUCGACACUGACUCAGAUGUUAGGCUCUCCCGGAGAGUUCUUCGGGACAUGAAACGGGGAAGGGAUUUGGAGCAGAUCUUGACCCAAUACACAACCUUCGUCAAGCCUGCCUUCGAAGAGUUCUGUUUGCCGACCAAGAAAUACGCCGAUGUGAUUAUCCCUCGAGGAGUGGAUAACAUGGUUGCUAUCAACCUCAUUGUGCAACAUAUCCAAGACAUUCUCAGCGGCGACCUCUGCAAGUGGCAGCGGGGGGCGAUGAACGGGCACGGCCGCUCCUCCAAGAGGCCUUUCCCAGAACAGGCCAGCAGCAGCCCCUUGCUGGCUUCUGGCAAGCGGUCUCACUUGGAGUCCAGCAGCCGCCCCCACUAAGAGUGGCCGGAUGCUCUUCCACACCAGCCGGACUUCUUUCACAAGUUCAAAGGUGCCCGUUGAGGAUGUUCUUCGUGUUCCAGAUGCUCCUCCAAGAGGUGAAGGAUCUGUUUGCUUGUUUUCUAAACUGCCUUUUCUCUCUUUCCUUUGAGGCGGUACCUAAAUCUGCCCUUCUAGAAGUAAAAAUGCCCCAGGGUUUUGGUGCUGUUUCCAAGCUGAGUCUUUGACUUCCAUGGGCUUUUUUAUUUUCUAGGAAAGAAAACGGGUCUGGGUUCAUAACACGCUGCAAGCGAGCAAGCAAAAUGCCUUUGCAUUUAAAUCCCCCCCCCAAAAAAAAAUACUGAAUUUGACACAGACACAGAGGUAGUUUGGUUGUUAAAGUGUACAGGGCCCCAACCAGUGGCCAGAGGCCUUAGUUAAGGACUGCUUUUCAGAGAGAAAUGUAUCUCCAACUGAUGACUUUGUUUAAGUGAAUAUUUGCACAUAAUAUUUUGAGAUAGGAAGGAGCCCGAGGGGAGAACAGCUGCCUCCUCUGCCCCACAGUGUCUCUCUGCUAAAGGGGCGGGGGAUCAUCACUCUUGAAAAAGUUAAACUUAAAAACCCAAAAUUCUUUUAGCUCAGCAGAUGCAGCUGUAGUGUACUUCCUUUGUCCUCCUCCUUUAGCUGUGAAUCAAACGGUGCUUUCUGAAGGGAGGGGCAAGUUUGCUGUUUUUAUGCACUCCACUAGACAAGGAAGCAAGAGAUUUUGUUGUUAAACGUUUUCUUCCACUAACAAUGAGACUGAAGAGGGUAUGUGAGUGUAUUUAAAAAUAUAAACAAGCUGCCUUUGUAAGCAGAGUGUGGCCAAGGUAAUGUUGGAGCAGAGGACAGAAGCAGCUCUGUCUAGUUCAGCGAAAGGGAAGCUGCAGAAUCCAUCCCUUUGAUGCUAAAAUCUUUUUUGUGCACCGGUACAGCUCAGUCUGCUAGGUAGAAAAUGAGCCCCUUGUGUGUGACAAGGGCUGUAAUCCUAUGCAUGCUGAUGUGCAAAUAAGCAGGGCUUACUUCCUGCAUAAACGUGCAUAGGAUUGUGCUGGAAAUCCCUGUAACCUAAGGUAAAUGUUCUUUGCCUCGACCCCAAAGUCUUGCUUCCAUUAAAAUGUUUGUGUGCUGCUGCCAACUUCGCAUUUUUAAAAUUCGGGAGUGAGCUGGUUUUGGCGUUGGAAAUGUCCUUUUGCAAAACUGAAGUGUUUUUCGCCUAUUUUAACCUGCAGCAUAUAGUGUGUGUGGUUUUAUAAAGUUGCUUAAUCCAAGAACUAGGCCUUGCCAAUCCUAUAUUUUCUAACAGCAAGGCUCAACUCAAUUAAUUGGCUUGGUUUUGGCUUUGUUAACUAAUAAAAGACAUACAAAAUGA